CGAGACCGACGUCCUUGCCCCGGUCUUCUGCUUCGAGAUUCGAGAUGUCGCUCUUAAAGGUGCUUCGAGCCAUGUUGUUGUACGUCACUGUUAUCACGACGCUGUGCGCUUCAAGUGCAUUUGCCGAUAUUGAAGCUGUUGCUGAAGGCAACUCGACCGUCAUGAACACCACGCGCUACCUGGAAGAAGCCGCAACUGACUUCCGUAUAGCAAUGUUGAAUGCUGUGAACAAGGAGCGCACUGCUCGUGGACUGUCAAAGUUUUGCAUGAACAGGAAACUGCAAGAUGCUGCUCAGAUCCACUCGGCAGACAUGGCCAAGCGGAACUUCCUCAGUCACACCGGAUCGGACGGAUCUACAAUGUCCAGUCGAGUCCGAGCUGCGGGGUAUCGGUGGGCUACCGUCGCGGAGAACGUGGCAGCCGGCCAGGCAACGGUGAGCAGUGUUCUCGCUUCGUGGAUGAACUCGAAUGCACACAGAGCCAACAUCUUGAGCAACAAACACAAAAUGUUUGGCUGCGGCUAUGUUGCCACCUCUAAUAGCAAGUACAAGCACUACUGGACGCAGAACUUUGCGUCGGGCAAUGGUGAAGUAUGCGGAUGAUGUACUAAAGUAAACAUUUUAGAGCAAAUAAGAGAG